GGAGAGUCUCGGGGGAGGAAGGCAGGGCGGCUGGGCCCCUCCCACUCAGCCUUUUCUCGCGUGUCCUGACCCCGGGACUGGCAGUGAGUCCCGAGCCAUCAGCGACUGUGCGCCGGGUCCUGGGACACCGACGGCGGCGAGCUAAGGAAAAAGCAGCGUCCACGAGGACCAGGGCUAGCCCGCUGGCCCCAUGCGAGCGCUCACGGGCCUGCGGGGGCCCCGGGCGCCCAGAGCGCCCUCGGCCUGGCAGCUCCUCCUUGUGUACCUAACAGCUGGGACGCCCUGGAGCUCGGCGGACGGCGAUCCCCCAGAUUCAGCUUUUACAAAUCUUGUUGGAGAAGAAAUGAUGACAAAAUACUCUAACCUGUCCUUGGAGAUUCAUAGCAUAUCACUGACAGACAAGUCCAGUAUGCUAGUAGAAAAAAAUAUCACAUUAGAAAAGCCUUCUAAUAUGGAACUCACAUGCCAGUUCACAACAUCUGGAGAUUUGAAUUCAAUAAACAUUACUUGGAGAAAAGGUGAUGAGCUACUUGAGAAUAAUAAUUAUCUCAUUAAUGCAUCAGGAAACACCCUGUAUACCCAAUACACGUUCACCAUCAUUAAUAGCAAACAAAUGGGAAGUUAUUCUUGUUUCUUUGAAGAGGAAAAGGAACAAAAGGGAACAUUUAAUAUCAAAGUUCCUGAGCUUCAUGGAAAACACAAGCCAUUGAUCACGUAUGUGGGAGAUUCUACUGUCCUGGUGUGUAAAUGUGAACAUUGUUUUCCUACAAAUUGGACAUGGUACCGUAGUAAUGGGAGUGUGCAGGUUCCUGUUGAUGUUCACAUGAAUGAUAAAUAUGUUAUCAAUGGAAAACAUGAUAAUGAAACAAGGCUCAAGAUAAUGCAUCUUUCGGAGGAAGAUGGCGGAUCCUAUUGGUGCCAUGCAAUAUUCCAGCUGGGCGAGAGUGAGGAACACAUUGAACUUGUUGUGCUGAGCUUUUUGGUGCCCCUCAAACCCUUUCUUGCAAUCAUUGCUGAAGUUAUCCUUUUAGUGGCUUUUAUUCUGCUUUGUGAAAUUUACACGCAAAAGAAAAAGAAGCACCCAGAGGAAGGGAAAGAAUUUGAACAAAUUGAACAGCUGAAAUCAGAUGAUAGCAAUGGUAUAGAAAAUAAUGCCCCAAGACACAGAAAACUUGAAUCUGGGAACCAAUAAAUGGAAAGAUCAUGUCAGGGGUCAUGGGAAGAUGUGUGCAGAGUUUGUAUUUCAUCUUGGUUUAUCCUUUCUUUUAAGACCAUCAGAGUUUUUAUUUUUUUAAAAGAUAAAAAGUUUAUGCAACACACAAAGUAGUAGCUUCAUAAACAAAAUGUGCUAUCUCAUAUCUAAAGAUAUAUUUUUAUUUUGUUAUUGUUUUUAUGUUAAAGCAAGGUAAAUUGUUUCAGACAUGUUCUAUGAGUUGUAACCCAAGAUAAUGAAUUACAUCCUGGUCCAUAACCGACACACAGAACAGUCACCAGCAAAAUCAGUUAAUAGUUUAUUGAACAAAUGUCACUUAAGACCUGUUUAAAACCAAAGAAUUUAUUAAAGAGAAAGCCUUUGCCAUUUGUCUAAAAAAGUUAUUUUUUCCCCAAAUCUUUCUCUGUAUGUGAAGUAUUUGUAACAAUUUUGAUGUAAAGUUCUUCCUUCUGUGAUACUGUAAAAUAAUGUGUCUUCUUUGGAAAUGAAUACUUUGUGCUUUUGCUAAUGAUGGUUAUCCUACAAUUUGUAGAAGAAAUAUAUACUUUUAAUCCAUAAAUGAUGGUUUAAAGCAAGGAAAUAAAACCAUUUACUUGUCCCAAAGUGUUGUCACUACAAAAGCAAAUCCUCCUAAUCUUAAUCCGCUCAUUUCCAUUGCUUUCCUACACCAAACCAAAGAUCUGCUUAGUCUUUAUAAGUAGAAUCCCCUUCUACCCCCCAUGGGAUUUGAACUUUUUCAGGUACACCUCCUGGUGUUCAUGUUUUAAGUUGCAGAACUAUAUAGUCAUAAUGCAACACUGUGACUAUCUGUAAUUCAUCUGUGGUUCAUGGUUUCCUAGUAUCUUGUAUUUGUUAUGUAGUUUCUUGGAAUUUAUAACUGGUUAAAUAUAUAAAAAUACACAAUUGAUGCUUAUGAUAAUAAUUCCUUAGACUGAAAUAUGAAAGUACUAAAGUACUUCUAUGUUGUUGCAAAUGCCUUAGACUUAUCUUGAAAAAAAUAGAUAGUUUCUAUUGCACAUAUAACUGAAGUAUUCUCUAAGGUCGCUAUAACUAAAUGAAAUGAAAUCUAAACGGAUAGGAAAAGUGAUCAAUGGCUUUAAAUGAAAUAUGGAAAUUAUGCCUCAUACUAGAUUGGUUGCUCUUGAUACUUAAGGGCCUGGGGUCCUGCUGCUUAUCAGGCAACAGGGUUAAGAACAAUUAGAAGCAAAGAGGGAAGAGCUUGGGACUAUGUUAAAAAUUCACAUUUCUUGGUGAUUAAAGGAUUAAAACUUGGGGAAGAAAAUUCAGUGAUUUGAAAAGAAAUAUUUUAUAGAAACUUGCACCAUGCAUAUUGGUUAAGAAAAUUAUAAGAUUGGUUAAGAAAAUUAUAAGAUUAUAAUUUAGUGAAAAUUAUAUCGUAUCUUACCUAAUGUUUACCAAUAUUAAUAGCAUAAGUAAGACACAUAAAGUAAGCACUUGGAAACUGCUCAUUACUUUAUUGCUGCAGCAGUGCAGUCUUUUGUCAUAAAACAUGUUGAGUAGACAUAUAAAUUUUAUCAAACUGGAAUACACUGCUUUGUGGCCAAAUUAAUUUUAUUGGUCUUAGAGCCAUUUAUUUGUUUUGAUUUAAUUCAUUGUUAAUUUGAAAAAAUUAUCUUGGGUGAUAUGAUGGCAGUUAGUUUAAUCCAAACAACUUGAAUUCAGUGAAAAAUUAAUCAAAACUGUUAUUUGAGUAAGUCCAAUUCAAAUUGGUAUACCUGUGACUAGCUGUGUACAACACCAAAUCAGUGUAGCUCUUUUGCAUACACAUGCUUCUAUUUUGACACCAACAACUGUUUAGGUUAAAAUAGAUUUCAAGAAAAAAAAAUGAAAAUUGGUGCCCUAAGGUUAAAUGAUCUGAAACAUUUAUCUAGGAAAUUGAAAUUUUAAGUGGCAUUGCUUUUAAGUGGCAAUGCUUACCAUUUACUUUUUCUAGCAAAGACAAGUUAUUUUAAUAACUUUAGGCAGAAAAGAUACUCCAACAUUUAAGUUGAUGUUUGGCUUUUCAGAGUCUCUCUGGAGGGCUCUGGAAAAUUGCUUUAGCACUGUUUAUUAAAAAUGAAAUGAUUCCAUUACCUCACCUCAUGGAAGAGAUAAAUGGAAUAACUAAGAACGUCCAAUUGUCAAUGGACUACAGAUACUAAGCAGAAGAAAAGCUGAAGCAGAGAAACCACUCCAGCUUUAUAUGUUAGACACCUAGGGAAAUUUUGUGAUUCUUUCCAGCUCAUGGGGAUUUUCAGAAUAAUAAGUGGAUUUAAUGAUGUCAUAGAAUUCCCAGAUAUUUUCACAUACAGUUUAUAAGAAAAUGUAUAUCUUUUCCUUUUGCAGUCUGUUUUCCCUAGCAUUACUUAUGUCGGCCCAAUUCUAAAAUUGAUUGUGCUCCUUUCUUCUCCUUUACUUAUGGGUCAUGAAUCUCCAUUUCUUUUACCUUAAUACCUCAUUAAUCCAUCCCAUUGCCUCCCCCAUCCCACCUUCACCAGCUGAUUUUUGUUCCCCAGUCUCAUCUUCUAUCAACCCAUCUUUUGUGCUGCUGCUUGAUCCUCUUUCUUAAAUACAAAUCUCACUUUUGAACUUCACCUGAUAGGUUCCAGGCCAAAUUGCUACAGGCUCACCAUUGCCGUUUCUUAAUAUUGCAGUUCACCAAAUUGCUGAUCUCUCUCCAAUGUCUUGAAAUAGCUUUUAUACAUAGAGAUUGAGCCCAGAAUGCUCUCCCUGAUGUCUUUCCCCAAUCCACUAGCUCAAGACUACCUCUCAUAAUUUUAUGCUGAUCUUAUGACUUUGGGUAGUUCUCAGACCCGGUGAGACAUGUACUAUCUUAGGUGCACAAACUUGGCUGCAUUUAUUGCCCUGUAUUAUAAAAUAUAUUUGCUGGACUCUU